CUUUCUUCAUGUCCAAUUAUUGCCCUCUCUCCCUACCAUUUGGUAAGACAUAUUUCCAAGCUUGAUCAGAGUUUCGGGGCUGAGUAUACACGUCCACUAUAUAUCAAUUCCAGAUCUCUCAUUUUCAGAUUCUAAAUUUGCUAUCAUUUUAUUAGGGGUUAACAGAUCAUAAAGCUGUUACUCUCACAAUUUCUUUGCUUUUGCAAUUCAAAUAUACAGCUUGUUUCCUUAUUCCUGAAUACCAAAAACUAAUCAACCAUGGCUGGUGAAGUUGUUGGUGGAGAUUUUCUCACGGUUUCGCUGGAAGUGCUUUCUGGUAGGAUCGGUUCGAUCAUGGACUUUGUUCGUCGGAACAAAGUUGAUGCUGGGCUGCUCUAAAAGUUGGACACCACGUUACUCUCUGCUAAAGGAGUCCUGAAUGAUGCCGAGAAGAAGCAAGUCAGUGACUCAAAAGUCAGAAAGUGGAUUCGAAAGCUUAACGAUGCAGUCCACAACGCCGAAGACUUGGUGGAUGAGAUUAACACUGCAGCUUUGCGAUGCGAGAUUGAAGGUCGUCAGUCUCAGUCUUCUAGAACCGGUGCAAUGUUGUUCAAGGUACGUAACUUCAUCUCGUCUAGACUAAAUGUUAAGGAUGUAGAUCAGAGGAUAAAAGACAUCCUUGGCACACUUAUACAUAUUGUGGACCAAAAGCAACAUCUUGGUUUGAGUGAAGUUGGUGCUCAACCUAUCACAUCUUUUCAAAGAGCAUGUGCAACUCCUUGGGUGGAAGAAUCUGAUAUCUAUGGGAGGGAUGCUGAUAAGCAAGCCGUCAUUGAUUUUUUGUUAUCUGAUGAGGUUGAUGGUGAUAAAUUAUCUGUGCUUCCCAUUGUAGGGAUGGGUGGGAUGGGCAAGACCACGCUUGCCCAGCUUGUUUACAAGGAAGUUGAUGAUAAGGUCAUGGAGAAACCUUUUAACAUUAAAGCAUGGAUUACGGUGUCUGAAGAAUCUGAUGUGUUGACGUUGACAAAAAAAAUUUAUGAGGAGGUUGCUAAUUCAUUAAGUUCUACAGUCGAUGAAGCAUUUAAACUUCAACUUAAAUUGAAGGAGUUUUUAAAUGGCAAAAAAGUCCUCUUGGUUCUUGACGAUGUGUGGAACGUGGAUCAUAAACGGUGGUGUGACUUGAAAAGUUCAUUUGAAUCUACCGCACAUGGAAGCAAGAUCAUUGUUACAACACGCAGUGCUAAAGUUGCAUCCGAUUUGGGUACUCUCCCCAAGCAUGAUUUGCAAAUAAUACCAGAGGAAGAUUGUUGGAAAUUGUUUAAAAAGCAUGCCUUUGGUAAUGUAGAGCCCAGUGUUGAUCGAGAGUUGGAAGUAAUUGGUAGACAAAUUGUCCAAAAAUGCAAUGGUCUUCCUUUGGCGGUCAAAUCACUUGGUAGCCUUUUGCACUCUGUACAAGAUAUCAAAGAUUGGAAAAAUGUACUAAAUAACGAUAUAUGGAAUUUGCGUGAGGACAAUAUUCUUCCAGCAUUAUGGCUUAGCUACUAUUAUUUACCUCCUUAUUUGAAGCGAUGCUUUGCUUACUGCUCCAUUUUCCCCAAGGAUUAUACAAUUGAUAAUAAAUAUUUGAUUUUGUGGUGGAUGGCACAAGAUCUCUUGCAACCCCACAAAACAAAAACACUAGAAGAGGUUGGAGAAGAAUAUGUUAAAGAUCUUGUGUCUAGAUCAUUUUUCAAAUAUUGGAGAGGAUGUGAACAUUUAAUUACUAUGCAUGAUCUUGUGAAUGAUUUGGCAAUGUUUGCAUCGGGAGAAUGUUGUUUGAGCUUAACAGAUAAGUCCUCGGAUGUUCUUAUAAAGAAUGCUCGUCAUAUCUCAUGUUUGGAAUGCAAUAUUACUGAUGAAAAGAUAUUAAAGGAUUUGUAUGAAAACAAAGUAUUGCGCACACUACUGUAUUUGGAGAUGCAUAAUGUCGAACAUUUGCGAUCAAUGCAAUUCUUAAGAGUGCUUUCUUUCUCUCCACAAAUUGGGAUUGGAGUCUAUGACGCUCCAAUCAAGAUGGAGUUAUUAAAUUCAAUCUGCAAUUUGAAGCUCUUGAGAUAUUUGGAUUUAUCUUAUUCUGGCCUUGAAGAAAUACCUGAUAAAAUUGGUACUCUAUAUAAUUUGCAGACAUUAUUGUUGAGGUUUUGUUCUCGGCUUACUUCGUUGCCGGAUUCAAUUGGCAAUUUGAAGCAUCUAAGGUAUUUGGACUUAAGUUAUAGUUCAAUUGAAAAGUUACCUGACACAAUAUGCCAAUUGCACGAGUUGCAUACGCUGAUAUUGUAUGGAUGUAGGAAACUUACUCAGUUAUGGAUCAACAAUGAUCUUAUCAAUCUGCGUUGUCUCGACAUUAGUCUGACAGGUGUACGAGAGCUGCCACGUCAAAUGUCCAAAUUGGAAAAUCUGCAAAAGUUAACAAAGUUUGUUGUAGGCAAAGAUAGCGGAGCCAAUAUUAAAGAGUUGGGCAAGCUUAAUGAUCUACAUGGUGAUUUUGGUAUUGAAGGACUUGAGAAUGUUGUAAAUGUUGAAGAUGCUUGGGAGGCAAAUUUGAUAGAUAAAAAGCAUAUUACAGCAUUGGAAUUAGAAUGGAAUGGUGAUAUUGGCGGUUCAGUUGAAGCCCGGAAGGUUCUUGAUGGACUCCAACCUCAUUCAGAUCUCAAGGAACUAUGUAUUUACAAUUAUGGAGGUACAACGUUCUCGGAUUGGGUUGGAAGUCCUUCAUUUUCCUGUAUGAAAGAGGUGAAUCUUAUCGAUUGUAAAAACUGUUUCAUGUUGCCUCCACUGGGACAGUUACUUUCUCUGGAAAAACUUCGGAUUAUGGGAUUGGAUAAGGUGGUGAGGAUAGGGGAUGAAUUUUAUAGUGACGACUCUGUUAUCACUAAGCCAUUCAAGUCUUUGAAAUUUUUACACUUUUCAAGAAUGGAAGAGUGGAAGGAGUGGGCAUUCGUAGAAGCGGAGGAUGGCGGAGUUUUCACAAACUUGAAGAAGCUUCGGUUGGGGGAUUGUCCGAAGCUAAAAGGGGCAUCAUGCUUACCUGAUUAUCUUCCAUCCUUGGAAACUCUUGGAAUAAAAGAUACAAGUCCCGACCUGGUGGCUUCACUCUCAGAUUAGUAUGCAUAUGUCCAGAGUCAUGAUGCGUGUGUUCAAGGAAACGAAGGAAUCAAGUGAGCUGCAUUUUUCAAACUGACUUAUCGUCUCCCUUAGAACAGUCACUUGUGUUAUUGCGGAUAUGUGAUCUCUGAUGCAUCCCAUUCAAGUUGCAGAGGAGUUGAGUAGAGUGCUUUCUAUAUGCGAAGGAAUUGGUAGAUUAUUUGACUUGAUAAUCAGAAUGACAAAUAGUUAAAAAAUCAUCAAACACAACCACGGCCUUGAAGGAUAAGAGAGGACAUGUUAGGCUCUAAACCAGCAUAUUAACACAGAACUCUAAGCCCAUUGAAUAGGUAAGAGAAUUUAAUUUAUGUAAUAACAACAACCUGUAAAACUUCUUUUCUUUCUUUGUUUCUUCUUCUUCUUUUCAACAUUUCAUUUACUGCUUUUUCAUAUAAAUAUAUAUAACAGAGAGAGAUUUAAUAAUCAGGGCAGAGUUUCCUGAUUUUUUGACUGUCCA